AUGCAACGUCGGGCGAAUCUGGUAUCGCCCUUGAAACAUUCGGCUACUACUCCUGACUUCAGAACCAAGGCAGCACAGCUGUUAAGUGACGGGCUGGACGAAGGCGGAGAUGCCGAGGAGGACGAUGAUGAAGAGACAUUGCAACUGAAGCUCGCUGCUAUUGAGGCACGACUGAAGCUGAAGCAGCUCCAGAAGAACCGCGGAAAGGCAGGAACGCCAAAUCCAGACAGGCAUGAUGGCGUCAAUGCGUUGUGUCGGCCAGCGUCAGCGGUGAGCUUUUCGUCGCGUAUUCAGGAUCAUCCUCCACGUAAUCAGGCUUUGGGCGAAACAUCCGAUGAUAUACAAGUUCCUUUGUCACCUACGCGGCGCCUUGGCCCCCCAAUGGAGCCUACAUCUCCUGGGAGGUAUAGGCUUGGUAUAGACAAGGGCCUCAAAGGAAGCGACGUAUCACUGAGACGUCCACCGAGCUCAAAGGGGCCGAGUGCACGGCCCACCAGUAGACUCGGAAGCCGGGAUGGUACAGCAUCUCACUUCGGAAACCUAGCAACACAAUCACAGUCGUUUGAUGAGACGCGCUCCAAAAGUUUCAGCGAGCGCAUGGCCGAGGGUCGUGCUGUUGAAAAGUCCCGGCGGGAGAGAGAGGUACGGGUAGAGAGGAUACACGCAAACCGAAGUUCCGCAUUCCAAUACGACAAGACUGAGAUGGAUGCGUACAAGGCAGCGGCCGCAGAGAGGAGACCCGUCUCUCCUUCCAAGCUGCAGACCAGGAGUGGGCGAGCCGAUAGCUUCAGUCGGGACGACAUCUUGAGGUCAGCUAACAACCUCAAGCCUUCGUUGAAGAGAAGCCAAACGACUCCAAGUAUGCGGAGGACUGAAGGGGACGACUCCAAGACCUUCCUUCACAGACGCAGUCAGAAGUCGGAAACGGAAUCAUUCUCUUCCCAGCCCCCAAGCUCUCGACAAACCAGUUUUACCGAUGAACCUACCGAGAGCGACGGAUCAUUGGAAAAGGCGCCUGAUUCGUCGAAGUUUGAACCUUUCUCUUCUCUUCACCUCUCGAAUCGUAUUUUACCUCAUUCUUUCUUGGGUCGAAAUCUCGAGGGUAAAAAAGCCCUGCGAAUACCAGAUCUUCUUCGAAUGAUCAAAGGCCCGCCCUUUGAACUCCCAGACAGCAUUGAUGGAGACUACGUUGUGUUCGGCAUUGUGGCCUCAAAGUCAGAUCCCAAGCAAGUCAAAGAGUCAAAGAAUGUCAGUACGAAAAAGGCCGAUCCCUUCGAUGACGGUCUGAAUAAUAGGAGUCAAUACAUGGUCAUUACUCUUACGGACUUGAAAUGGACUAUUGACCUGUUUCUAUUCGACACUGCUUUCCCCCGGUAUUACAGGCUUUCUGAAGGAAUUGUGGUUGCUAUUUUGAACCCUAUAAUACUGCCGCCUCCCAAACACAAGCUGGAUACGAAUCAAUUCAGUCUCUCGAUUUCUUCUUCCGACGAUAAGAUUCUUGAAAUCGGCUCUGCCCGAGACAUCGGCUUCUGCAAAGCUGUGAGAAAGGACGGUAAGACUUGCCAGUCAUGGGUGGACAGCCGUAAGACCGAGUUCUGCGACUUCCACGUUGACAUUCAAUUGCGUCGCACUCAAGCGGGUCGCAUGGGCGUCAACAACGGAACCGGCAUGUUUGGUCCUGGAGGUCGUUCAGGGUCGCGUACCGGCUUUUAUGGUGGAGAGAAAAGAUCCUUCCACAAAAAGGGAGAGGGAUUACGAAGAGCCGAUGGCGGCCAGUAUGAUCGUGAAACCCAAUCACUGUACUAUGUGGCACCCAGUGCCAAGUCCAAGAACCUCGGUGGCCUCUCUUUCCAGCAUCUACACCCCGGGCAAUCCGCAGCCAGCCUGAUCGACGCAGACGAUGACGAUCCAUUCAUUGCUGCUGGAAUGGUCGGUCGAGGUACACAGAGCAAAGAAGAACGAUUCCGUCGCCGCAUCGUUGAGCAACAACGUGAAAGGGAGAUCGCCAAUAUCUUGACAUCCUCUCGCGGCGGGGGAAUUGCCGCAGAUUAUCUUAGAGCUCAAAACAACGAAAACAUCCCCGCUGCUAAGAAGGCUCCAGCCCGGUCAGGAGCACAACGUAGGAGGACAAAUUCUAGCGAUCCGAAGCUCGCCACGUCGUCUGACAUCAACGAGCCGCUUACGAUGAGCUUCAAGCGAGCAGAAGCCGUGAGACUCAGUCCUAAGAAACGCGCACAUGAUGGAGACAGGCCACACGGAAGCGGCGUCAAAAAAACACGCUUUAUCACGUCCAAAGGCAUCAAAGAGGCUGGAAGAGAUAGUCUUGGGGGCAAUCCCGACGCCUGUAACGACUUCGACGACGAUGACGAGCUUGAGAUCGUCUAA